UCUAUGUGUAAGAUAAGGGAGUUAAGGCAAUAAAUAGUCCAUGGUGGAAUGUGUUAUGUGUGGCUGGCAUUCCUAAGAGCAUACAGGUAGUUCCUCCCAUUUUCAGUCCGUUUUCUAUACUAUAAAUAGGAAUAUCCUUUGAGGAUGUGUCCAUAACAUUAAUGCUUACUCCAAGUGAAACUACAAAAUGGAACUGCAGACAUGGCUUCUGAUGGUCUUACGUUCUGCUAUGCUGUGCCACAAGAUAAGACUGAAAUCCUGGAGAUGGCCCAAAAUACUAUUAUGAAUUGUUGAAUAAUUACAUGUGUUUCAGUAGUACUUACUUACUAUACUAAUAGGAUUGCAAAAUUCCCUGUAAUUUCCCUAAGUUCUGGACAUUUUCAAACACUACAUUUUGAAAGUUACGGGGAAUAUUUCCUCCCUUUGCAACUCUAAUAACGAAUAUUAUUCUAAUUGUAACAGACAUGUCAGGGAAGGAAAUCAUUUCCCCAUUGGAGUCAAACACCGCCUAUGUCAAGAUAACCCCUGACAUGAACAAAAUCUUCUUUGCUGUGACUAUCUGCGUUAGAUUUUUCACCGACUACCAGACGAAGGAGCUGACCAUUUUCUCAUUGGCCACGCCUUCUCAUGCUAAUGGUUUUGUUAUCUUCAGGGGAGAUGGGGGAAAUUACUGGGUGUACAUUGGGGACCAAGGUAUCUAUUUCUGGGGAUUGCCAGACAAAAUGAACGAGUGGAACUCUGUUUGUGGGACGUGGGAUGCCAGUACAGGAUUGACUCAACUGUGGGUGAAUGGGAAGCCAAGUGCGAGGAAAGCUCUCCAAGCCGGCGGCUCCAUCUCUGGUACUCUGAGUAUUAUUUUAGGUCAGGCCCAAGAUGCAUAUGCUGGUGGGUUUGAUGUGAAUGACUCCUUUUACGGACAUGAGACCGAUGUCCACAUGUGGGACAGAGUGCUCUCCCCAUGUGAGAUCCAAAGCUACAUGAAGGGGGAGGUGUUAUCUCCAGGGAAUGUGGUAAACUGGAACGCACUAAAAUACACAAGGCAUGGCUAUGUGGUUGUUGAGAGGAUGCAGAACCUGAUCUGUUAA